CUGAGACAGGAACAGAAACUAGAGAUAAGGAGAGACUUAGAGACUGAGAGUGGGAGGGGGGAGCCACUCAGGGACUGAUCAGGAGGUAGUGGCCAAGUCAGGGACCUAGAGAAGACACAAGUAACUGUGAUUGGAGGGGGUAGAAGCAGAACCCUAGGAUGGCAGCAACAGACCAGACAAGGCCAGACUCCAGCCUCCAGAAGCCUAGAUCCAUCCCGGAGCUGAUCAGGAAGAAGCGAGAUGGAGAUCGCCUAGAGGAGGCAGAGAUUCGGAGCUUUGUUCAAGGGUUGACAGAGGGGACCAUACAGGAAGCACAGAUAGGCGCCAUGCUGAUGGCUAUCCGACUGCAAGGCAUGGACCUGGGUGAAACAGAAAUUCUGGCCCGAGCACUGGCUGAGUCUGGGCAGCAGCUUCGGUGGCCUGAGGCCUGGGGACCACUGCUGGUAGACAAGCAUUCGACAGGAGGCGUGGGGGACAAAGUCAGCCUGGUCUUGGCACCUGCUCUGGCUGCCUGCGGCUGCAAGGUGCCAAUGAUCAGUGGUCGGGGACUUGGGCACACCGGAGGCACGUUGGACAAGCUGGAAGCCAUCCCAGGCUUCUCAGUGGUACAAAGUCCCAAGCAGAUGCGGGAGCUGCUCGAGCAUGUAGGCUGCUGCAUUGUAGGGCAGAGUCAGGAGCUGGUCCCUGCAGAUGGAGUCCUUUAUGCCAUUCGGGAUGUGACUGCCACAGUGGACAGCCUCCCCCUCAUCACAGCCUCCAUCCUUAGUAAGAAGGCUGUGGAGCAACUCUCGACCCUGGUGGUGGAUGUGAAAUUUGGGGAAGCAGCCAUCUUCCCAAGCCAAGAAAGAGCUCGAGAGCUGGCCCAGGCCCUGGUGGGAGUGGGGGCCCGCUUGGGGAUCCGGGUGGCAGCUGCACUGACUGCCAUGGACAGUCCUCUGGGCUGCUGUGUGGGCCAUGGGCUCGAAGUAGAGGAGGCCUUACGGUGCCUGGAGGGAGGUGGUCCCCCGGACUUACGGGACCUCAUCACCCAGCUAGGAGGAUCCCUGCUCUGGCUGAAUAGACAAGCCCCAACCUUGGCCCAGGGGGCAGCCCUGGUGGGAGCCACACUGGACAAUGGCUCUGCCCUGGGCCGGUUCCAGGCCAUGCUGGAGGCCCAGGGGGUGGCCCCUGAUCUGGCCCAAGCGCUGUGCUCAGGAUCUCCUGCCCAGCGCCAAGGCCUGCUCCCCACAGCCCCCACCAAGGAGGAGCUGAGGACAGCUUCAGAGGGCACCGUGGAGAAGAUCCAGGCACUGCCCCUGGCCCAGGUUCUCCAUGAGCUGGGGGCGGGCCGGAACAAAGCAGGAGAGCCCCUCUACCAUGAUGUGGGGCUGGAGCUCCUAGUGAGCAUAGGACAAAGAGUCAGUGCAGGCACACCCUGGAUUCGCAUCCACCACAGGGGCCCAGGCCUGAGUCGGAGCCAGCACCAGAAGCUGCAGGAGGCCCUGAGGCUGUCCAGGAGGAAGCCCUUCGCGCCAGACCCCUGCCUUCGGGAGCUCAUCCUGCCCCCCUCCAUGAAGGGCUGAGCCAGAGCAGAGCCGGACCACUCUCGAGGGGCAGCCGGUCAAACCAUGUCCGCCAGUGCCUGCCGCGGUCCGGCCCCCCGCCCUCUUUCCUGACUUGACAUCGCCCCCAAACAGGCCCCCUGGGUCCGUCUCUCUGUCCCCCGCCCGGUGCUCCCCAGAGGUCUUUCCCCGCUGCUGCUGCUGCUGCUGCUGCUUCCUGGCCCCCUUGCUCGGGGGUCUUCUCCCCGGGAAUAAACUGUCCCUUUCGGCA